UCUAUCGCUCCCCAGGUGCCACGUCCUCCUCUGGGUCCCCAGCGCCAUGGGCCCCCCUCCUGCCCUGCUCCUCGCCCUGGGCGUCAUCUGGACCCGCCUCCCAUUGGCUGCUGCUCAAUCCCCCCUCUCCAAGCCCUCCAUCUCCCUCAGCCCCAGCGGGGAGAUCGCGCCAGGGACGGACGUCACCAUCUCCUGCCACGGGCCGCAGCAGGGCGUGCGGUUCAAGAUGUACCGGGCCGGGCUCGUGCGGUGGCAUACGGAGCCGGCCGGCUCGACGGCCGAAUUCCUCAUCCCCAAUGCCCGGCGGGAGGACGGGGGCAGCUACACCUGCAGCUACGAGACCCUGAGGGAGCCGCCCGUCAGCUCCCCCCACAGCGACCCCGUGCAGCUGGUGGUAGAAGCUCACUUCCCCAAGCCCUCCAUCUCCCUCAGCCCCAGCGGGGAGAUCGCGCCGGGGACGGAUGUCACCAUCUCCUGCCACGGGCCGCAGCAGGGCGUGCGGUUCAAGCUGUACCGGGCUGGGGUCGCGCAGAGGCACACGGAGCCGGCCGGCUCGACGGCCGAAUUCCGCAUCCCCAACGCCCGGCGGGAGACCGGGGGCAGCUAUACCUGCAGCUACGAGAGCCUGAGGGAGCCGCCCGUCAUCUCCCCCCACAGCGACCCCGUGCAGCUGGUGGUAGCAGACACUGGUUCUGGUCCCGCAGGGCGAACCGACCCGACCCAGCCUGGAGCAGCGCCGGCUCCCACCCGCCCGGGCAGCACACGGCCAGGGGCCCCCCCGAGGCAGGAUUACCCCCCGUUUGCCAUCGUCCGUCUGUCCCUGGCCGCCGGGGUCCUGCUGGUGCUGGUGCUCAUCCUGGCCGAAGCCGCCUACAGCUGGAGGAGUAGCCACAGUCCAGGAGGAGACGCUCCGCUACCCAUGCGAGGCCGGUGCCCCCUCACACCGGAUCAACCUCCCGCCGGACGCCGGGGAAGGAGAAAAGAAAAUGCAAUGGAUGCACGGGAACACGGCGAUCGCCACCUACCCACCCAGCGGGCCUCACCCCUCCGUGCUGGACGUGGGCGAAUGGGGAAUCACCCUAAGCAGCUGCAUGAAUCUCACCCUGCUCGUGUUCGACGCAACGGGUAAGGAGAGAAGGACGCACUACACAGCCGGUCCUGGGAGCCUCCCGGUCAGGAACCAGAGUGACGGGCAGCGCUCUGACCGCAGCGGUGCCUGGAGACACCCCCCGGCGAACUCAGGUGGAUUCGGAGCAGCCUUCCUG